CACAAAUCGGAGGCCACAGUAGGUCAGCCUCUUACUGUCCCUGCUUAUCUUCCCUUAUAUAACAGGCCUGGUCGCCUACCCCAGUCCCCACACACACUCUUCACAUGGCUUUGACAUCGCUAUAGUAAACACACAUUACGACCAUGCCAAGCAGAUUAUCCAAAAUAUUCCUCUCAGGGAAGGAGAAGGAAGCCGCAGCAGAAUCAGCACACAGCAUUCGAUCGUCUUCUGGGAGCGAUGCUCCUCCUGUGUACGAAGAGCGCGAAACCCUCGAUCCCGACAACGGCCUGCCACCUCCAGAUGUUACCGCCGGGUUCAGCAAUCUGAAAAUUUCAUCUCAUGGCGAUGGCUUUCCUACGAGCGAAGAGUGCAUCGCACACUUGAAGAUGCUCGAGUGCUUCUACCGACUCAGACAAUCCGUCGCGAGCCAAGAUGGACUGUUUGGCAUCACAGACGAUGUCAUCACGGCCCAGAAUAUUCCGAUGGACGACAAAGCAUCAGCACUAUUAGCAAAAUUGGGCGAGAAGCGCUGGGCAAUAUACGUCCAACGAGCAGUGGAUCGGUUCGAGACGUGGUGGAAUGCCAUCUCGCCGGAUCGCCACUGGCCAGACCGGACGCAAUUGGCAGAGUACGGCAAGGCAGAUCAGAUUUGUCGUUCUCAUCUCAGCAAGGACUAUUCUUUUGACGCUGCCACUUUACCGCCAGUCGAUGUGCUUAUGGUCUGGCAUGCUUUUCAAUUGAACCCGCGAUGCUAUCUGGAGGAUUGCUUGCGUCAGGGUCAAAUGAAGCUUUGGCACUCGGCGAUGCCUUUUGAGGCUAUUGCACAGUCCAUCAACUCUACGACGUUUGCUUACGAGGAUCGAGCUGGCGCAAGUACUUACUUCACCGAAUUGACGAGUCGACCCUGGAACAACUUGGACGACGAGUCGCACAGGGCGACAAAGUGUCCUCGUUGCCAGACAAUCAAUUCCAAUGUGCCAUGGACCGACCCUAUGUUUGGCGGCCGCGACAGUGGAAUGACUGACCUUGCUAAAUUGGAACAAGAAGUCGAAUGGAUGCUAUCUGAUGGAGUCGGCUACUGCGACAAAGACUUUGCGUAUGCUUGCCAGGGAUGUGGAAAAUACAUAACGCAUGACACAUUGCGAAUCGGCAGAUUCGUGGCCGACGUCAAACUACUACAAAGUCGCAACGUCCCAAUGAAGGGCACUAUCCUUGGGAUCCACGGAAUUCCCUCCAAGGCGUAUAAAGUCAAGGAUAUCACGACCGAACAGAUCGACAUGCCCAAUCGGAUUAUUAAGGCUGGAGAGCAUGUCAUAUUCUUACCUGAAUCACUUCUCGAGCUGUACACCCUCGGCUCGGUUCGGGACCAGAUCGAGCUUGCGAUGUUGGACAAGAAGCUCCUGCGACAGGCGAGAGGCAGUCUGUCUUCCACUCUCUUGCGACACGAAAGAGUUGGUAUCCGCAAGCUCAUGAGCCGAUACUGGGACAACUCAUCUCCCUUCGCGCUCGACCUGGUUUCUGCCGUCAUCCGCCAAGGCAGCUUUGUCGAGAAGAUGCACCACAUCAACUGGCUCCACUCACCAGCUCUACCUAGCACAAUGAACCGCCUGACCACAAAAUAUGGCCACUUCAUGACCAUCAUGCGACAAUAUCCUCUCAAAAUGGCCGUCCCAACCCUCGACGUCGACCUUGCCUGGCACACGCAUCAGCUCAACCCAGCCCAAUACAUGGAGUACACCGUCUCUCAAUGCAGACAAUUCAUCGACCACGACGACAAAAUCGCCGAAGUCAAACUCAACGACGCUUUUGCCUGGACAAGUAAAGCUUACACCCGCCUCACCGGCCAACCUUACUCUGAAUGUACUUGCUGGUACUGCGAAGCCAUUCGCGAAUCUCACACAAGCCAUGCCUCUCGUCUCUUCAAUGGAUCUUCAGCCCAAGCAGCCGACAUGUUACAUGGUUCUGAACAGGAUCCUGCGAAGAGUGUGCAUAUCUCAGCACAUAAUGCUGUUCGACCGAGCGAUGAUGCGAAGUAUUCGACUCUAUCUGAGAAGCAAGCGAAUGAAUUGGAAAGGCACUACCAGAAGGCUUGUGAUCGGGCGAUUAAGAAGGGAAGGAAACCGCCGAAGAGGGAUGAUUAUUAUUACAGUGAUGCUUAUGGGCAUGUGGUUUAUAUUCCGGCGUAUAGUCCUUAUGUGGGUUAUAUGCCUUAUAUGCCCAUGUAUUAUCCUGUCACGCCCGGGUGUAUGGCUGUUGGGGCUGGGGCUGCUGGGAAUUGCUGUUCUGGUACUUGUGGAGCGGGCGUUGCUGCUGGAGGGUGUGCGGGAGCAAGCGGGUCUUGUGGAGGCGGUAGUUCAGGCGGAUGCGGAGGGGGAUCUUCUGGCGGUGCGGGAGGUGGCUGUGGAGGCGGCGGCGGUGGCGGAGGAGGUGGUGGAGGCUGUGGAGGGGGUGGUGGUGGCUGUUAA